AUGACGCUGGCCCCACAGACGCCACAAUGUGUAGACCAGAUAACUGAUUGUGAGGUAUACGGGACAUCUGUCUGCCAUACGUACAAGACGUGGGCCUUUGACAACUGUGCCCUGUAUUGCGGAUAUUGUGGUUUCGUGAAGACACCUCCUACCCUACCACUUACACUAUCUAAAGGCUCAUGCCAUGACGCGUUGCCCCAGUGUAAAGGCUAUGGCCAGGAUGUGUGUAGCCAAUUUACUGUAUGGGCCCGGCAGAACUGUGCUAGCUACUGUGGCUUUUGUGAUGAUGAAGCGACUACCAAACUUCCUUUAGGUUCUAAUGGAUGUUAUUUCAACAACGUUGUUCAUGCACAUGGCGAAAUGUGGCAGGAAGGGUGCGAUUACCAAUGUGAAUGUUUAGACGGGAGCACAGGAAAUUACACUUGUCGAGAUUUAUGUCUGAAAUGGAAUCUUCCGUUGAUGUGCCACCUAGAAGACCCCGCGCCUGGAAAAUGCUGUAAAACGCCGUCAUGCCCUUGCCAUAUUAUGAUUCAGUAUCCCCCGUGGUAUACCCCGGUGUAAUAAUUCUCUGGUACCAAGGUAUGGAUAAUAAACAUGAGCAUGUUU